CUUGCUUACAAGCGAUGCAGCUAAUUCUAAGAUUUGCCGGUAGUUGGCGCAACAUUUCAGUAUCUAGUUGCCUGGAAAUAUCAAUUGUAGCAGACGACUUCGUGAGGUGGUGAGGGUCAUAAGUAUGAUUCGCUCUUUAGUUUUGAAUCAAAAUUUACAGCAGGGACUGCUGUCCCUUGCUCGUAAUAAUGGAGCUGCUUUGGUAUAUCCUGCUGUUCCAGGAAAUUUGGUUAAACAAAUGAGUAGUAUAGUUCAAAAACAUGAUAUACCACUACCAGAAAAGCCAAAAAAGGAGCCAUACAGUCCUUUCCAAAAUACCAGUAACUCAAUUGAAUAUGCUUUAGCUCGAGUAGAUGAUCUCUUAAAUUGGGGCCGCAAAAAUUCAAUAUGGCCAAUGACAUUUGGUUUAGCAUGUUGUGCCGUAGAAAUGAUGCAUAUUGCAGCACCUCGCUAUGAUAUGGACAGAUUUGGUGUUGUCUUCAGAGCAUCACCUAGACAAUCUGAUGUCAUAAUAGUUGCUGGUACACUAACCAAUAAAAUGGCACCUGCCUUAAGAAAAAUCUAUGAUCAAAUGGCAGAACCAAGAUGGGUGAUUUCAAUGGGUAGCUGUGCGAAUGGAGGUGGAUAUUAUCAUUACAGUUACUCUGUAGUCAGGGGAUGCGAUAGAAUCAUUCCUGUGGACAUAUAUGUACCUGGUUGUCCCCCUACAGCUGAAGCAUUGUUAUAUGGAAUUCUGCAAUUGCAGAAAAAAAUUAAGAGAAUGAGAACAACACAAGAUUGGUACAGGAAGUAAAAAAAAUAGUGCAAAUGUAGUUAUAAAUAUGUAAGUUAUUACAAAUUAUAGGCUAGACGAUCAAUAAGUUAAAACUUACAGUAUAUUUGAAAUUUUACUGUAAUUGUAUUAAUUGUUAUCUCUUUUUCCUAAAAUGUAAUAAAUAUAUCUUUAUAUAUGUAAUAAAAAAGAAAAUACAAAGA